AUGAUCGACCCCCGCACCAAGGAGAGUGGGGAAGACAAACAAGAGUACUGCAGGCGUCGUGGCUGGGGUGGCGGAUGGAAGCCAGGCCCCCUGAAGCAAUGGAAGUGGUGGCCGAACACAGAGAAUGCACAUCGACUCUGCGUGUACCUUGAGGAGUUGGACGCCAAAAUCACUUCGUUGAGCCAAAGCGAAAAGGAUGAAAGGGCCCAUUCAUUGAUGAGAAAGUUUUACGAGCUCACCUAUGACCGGGACUGCAACAUCUCGACCCCUGAAGGUGCAGCCCAGGCCAUUGAGGAGCUCGGGUAUGGAUCAGCAAAGGAGGCUGUGGAAUGGCUAAAGAAGGGUGGAGGUGUUCGCGAGGUGAACGAAGAUCUGCGGCGGGCCCACUAUGACAACAUUCACGCAGUGCCACACUAUAGUAUCAAAUGUGAUGGGCAGGCAGGAGCCGUACCAAGUGUCAGCGGAGCCCAAGACAGCAGGUGGUUCUACCAAGCCUUCCAGGCACCAAUUCGUCCUUUUUUAAUCCUUGCAACCCAGUCGAAUCGUUUGCAUAGUCUCAUCAGAUCUUUCGACUUUGGUUUCACUGGCUCGUUGGUCCAACAUCAGGCGCUGCUCCAGUAA